CUGGUAGACAGCCGGACACAGUUUAGUGUUGCACACGUUUGUUUUGUUUACGUGCUUCAAGAAGCUAGCCUAGCUAGCCACAAAGCUGCAACAUCUUCUAAACCGUAAGUGCUGCUGAACUAAUACUAAAACACAAUGAAACCCGCAGUGGACGAGAUGUUUCCCGAAGGAGCAGGACCGUACGUGGAUCUUGACGAGGCAGGGGGCAGCAGCGGCCUGCUGAUGGACCUGGCAGCCAAUGAAAAAGCAGUGCACUCUGAUUUCUUUAAUGAGUUUGAGGAUCUGUACGAUGACGAUGACCUGCAGUGAUGACGGCGUCCACCUGUGUGUUUGUGUGAACGUGUACAUAA